UUACUUACUUACUAAAAAGUCAUCUUAAUUGAUAGGAGGUGGAUAAUCAUUUUUGGAAAUUUCAGACAAAAAAUUAUCGCCGAAAUAAAAAAAAAACUUAAAUAUAAAAAUUGAAAAGAGGAAAAAGAAAACACAAUACAUUUAUUUAAAAGUUUGUUCAAGUAUUGAAAAAAUAAAAAUUAAUACAAGAUGACCGAUUCGAAGUAUUUUACAACAACCAAAAAAGGUGAAAUUUUCGAGCUAAAAUCCGAAUUAAAUAAUGAUAAGAAGGAAAAAAAGAAAGAAGCUGUAAAAAAGGUUAUCGCAAGUAUGACCGUUGGCAAAGAUGUUUCUGCAUUAUUUCCUGACGUUGUAAACUGCAUGCAAACUGAUAAUUUGGAAUUAAAAAAGUUGGUUUAUCUGUAUUUGAUGAAUUAUGCUAAAUCUCAACCAGACAUGGCUAUUAUGGCAGUAAAUACUUUUGUUAAGGAAUUGCCUUCUUCUCAACUUGUUAAGGAUUGUGAAGAUUCAAAUCCAUUGAUAAGAGCACUAGCUGUCAGAACUAUGGGAUGCAUUAGAGUUGACAAAAUUACUGAGUAUUUAUGUGAGCCAUUACGCAAAUGUUUAAAAGAUGAAGAUCCAUAUGUAAGGAAAACUGCUGCUGUAUGUGUUGCCAAAUUGUAUGAUAUUUCUUCAUCUAUGGUGGAAGAUCAAGGAUUCUUAGAUCAACUAAAGGAUCUUCUUUCUGACUCCAAUCCAAUGGUUGUUGCCAAUGCUGUUGCUGCAUUAAGUGAAAUCAAUGAAGCAAGUCAAUCUGGGCAACCAUUGGUAGAAAUGAAUUCUGUAACAAUUAAUAAACUUUUGACAGCUUUAAACGAAUGCACUGAAUGGGGUCAAGUUUUUAUAUUAGAUUCUUUGGCCAAUUAUAGUCCAAAAGAUGAACGUGAAGCUCAAUCAAUAUGCGAACGUAUAACACCACGUUUGGCACAUGCAAAUGCUGCUGUUGUCUUAAGUGCUGUAAAAGUUUUAAUGAAACUUUUAGAAAUGCUAUCAAGUGAUAGCGAUUUUUGUACAACUUUAACAAAAAAGUUAGCUCCACCUUUGGUUACAUUAUUAUCUUCUGAGCCAGAAGUGCAAUAUGUUGCAUUGAGAAAUAUUAAUUUAAUUGUUCAGAAGCGUCCCGAUAUAUUGAAACAUGAAAUGAAAGUUUUUUUUGUUAAAUAUAAUGAUCCAAUCUACGUUAAACUUGAGAAAUUGGAUAUUAUGAUUCGUUUGGCUAAUCAAAGUAAUAUUGCGCAAGUUUUAAGUGAGUUAAAAGAAUAUGCAACUGAAGUGGAUGUUGAUUUUGUUCGUAAAGCAGUACGAGCAAUUGGUCGUUGCGCUAUUAAAGUUGAACCAUCUGCUGAGCGUUGUGUAUCAACCCUAUUAGACUUAAUUCAGACAAAGGUAAAUUAUGUUGUCCAAGAGGCUAUUGUCGUCAUCAAAGAUAUUUUCCGAAAAUAUCCAAAUAAAUACGAGAGUAUUAUAUCAACACUAUGCGAAAAUUUAGAUACAUUAGAUGAACCUGAAGCUCGAGCGUCUAUGGUAUGGAUAAUUGGUGAAUAUGCUGAGCGAAUUGAUAACGCUGACGAGCUAUUGGACAGUUUCCUAGAAGGAUUUCAGGAUGAAAAUGCUCAAGUUCAAUUACAAUUACUAACAGCAGUUGUAAAAUUAUUUUUGAAGCGACCAACUGACACACAAGAAUUAGUUCAACAUGUUUUAUCAUUAGCUACACAAGAUUCUGAUAAUCCGGAUUUACGUGACCGUGGAUUUAUUUAUUGGCGUUUACUUUCAACUGAUCCAGCUGCAGCGAAAGAGGUUGUUUUAGCUGAAAAGCCGCUAAUUUCUGAAGAAACGGAUUUAUUAGAGCCAACUUUGCUUGAUGAAUUGAUCUGUCAUAUAAGUUCUUUAGCUAGUGUUUAUCAUAAACCACCUACGGCUUUUGUAGAAGGAAGGGGUGCAGGAGUUCGUAAAUCAUUACCAAAUCGUUCUGGUAAUACAACUACAGCUCCUGAACCGGAACAAGCUACUGUUAUACCCAAUCAAGAAUCUCUUAUUGGUGAUUUAUUAUCAAUGGAUAUUAAUGCCCCAGUUCCGAUGGCACCAGCAGCUCCUACUAGCAAUGUUGAUUUAUUAGGGGGAGGCUUAGACAUACUGUUGGGAGGCCCGGCAGAAACUGGAACCAGUGGUUUGUUAGGAGAUAUAUUUGGAUUAGGCACAACGGCUUCGACCAUGGUACAAAUACCCAGAAUAAUUUGGUUACCAGCAGAAAAAGGCAAAGGAUUAGAAAUACAAGGUACUUUUUCACGUCGCGGAGGGCAAGUUUCGAUGGAUUUAUAUUUUACAAACAGGGCUAUGCAAGCCAUGACUGGUUUUGCUAUUCAGUUAAAUAAAAAUAGUUUUGGUUUGGUACCAACAAGUCCUUUGCAAGUCCCACCUUUGCAACCAUCUAUGUCAUCCGAAGUGAGUUUACCUCUGGGAACAACAGGGCCUGUUCAGAGGAUGGAACCACUAAAUAAUUUGCAAGUUGCUAUUAAAAAUAAUGUUGAUAUAUUCUAUUUUGCAUGUUUAGUACAUGCCAAUGUUCUCUUUACUGAAGAUGGUCAACUGGAUAAACGUGUAUUUUUAACAACGUGGAAAGAAAUACCUGCAGCCAACGAAGUUCAAUAUAAUUUAAAUGGAAUUAGUGGAAACGCGGACACAAUAGCAUCAAAAAUGACUUCAAAUAAUGUGUUCACAAUUGCAAAAAGGAAUGUUGAAGGUCAAGAUAUGUUAUAUCAAUCCCUAAAAUUGACAAAUAGUAUUUGGGUUUUACUUGAAUUGAAACUUCAACCGGGUAACCCAGACGCAACACUAAGUUUGAAAUCAAGAUCAGUUGAAGUGGCCCCAAUGAUUUUCACAGCAUAUGAAGCAAUAAUUCGUUCAGCAUAAAUAUGUAAUAACUAUUAACAUAUUUUUUUGAAUUUGAAAUUGUGUAAUAAUAAAAAUAACCAGCUUAUUUUACAAUAAUUUUAUAUGAGUUACGCAUAUUUGAAUAAUAAGUAUUCAUUAAUCUCAUUCAUUUUUUAAAUACUUUCCAUGUUUACGUGAUAAAUAGAAUAUGUAUUUGUUUUCUGUUAAGUUUAAAGAACAUAUUAACGAUAAUUAUAUAAUAAACAUAAUAAUGACAUAUAAAGUUCAUAAAUGGUAACACAAAAUACAUUUUACAAAAUUAAUUAAGAGUAUUAAAUAAAAA